GUUCUUACCCACAGUUACAUGGAUUGGAUCUUCUGGGGACGCAUUUGAAAUAAAGUAUUUAUAUUUUCUUUGACUUGGUGUUUAUCGAAUGACUCAUACACUACCUCAACUCGACAAUGCAGAGUACACCGUCGGAUGGAUCACGGCUUUGCCGCAUGAGAGGAUUGCCGCAGAAGUGAUGCUUGACAGAAGGCAUGCGCCACCGCAGUAUAUACACCCUCAUGACCACAACACCUACACUCUGGGUUCUAUCGCUGGUCCGAAUGGGAAUCAUAAUAUAGUCAUCUUCAGCUUUCCGCCUGAUUGGUAUGGGACCACCCCGGCCGCCCUAUAUGCCACCCAGAUGCUGCUCAGCUUUCCAUCGAUUAAAUUCGGGCUUAUGGUUGGAAUUGGCGGGGGCAUUCCAAGUGAACGAAUUGAUAUCCGACUGGGCGACGUUGCAGUUAGCAGACCCGAAGGCAUUUACGGAGGAGUGAGACAAUAUGACCGUGGAGAAAGGACUGCAUCAGGUUUUGAAGAGUGUGGCGCCUUGAGUCCCCCACCUAGGAUUCUCCUCAACGCUAUGGUAGCACUACAAAGCAAACACAUGAUAACUGGAAGCGCAACACCCAAUAUAUUGGCCGCGGUGUAUGAGGCCAAUCCGCUGAUGGUCCGCCCGAGCAAGGGAUACAGCUAUGCGUAUCCCGGAACGAAGUACGACCGACUAUUCUGUUCGUCUUAUGAACAUCCGCCGGGCAGAGAUGACUGUACUGCGUGUGGCGGAACGUAUGAAGUGAAGCGGCCCGAAAGACCAGAUAAUGCUCCUUCUAUCCACCAUGGCACAAUUGCCUCUGGAAACAUGGUCAUCAAAGACGCACGAACUCGGGACUUGCUCGCCAAAAAUUGCAUUUGUUACGAGAUGGAAGCAGCAGGGCUGAUGAACACCAUUCCUUCUCUCGUCAUUCGAGGGAUAUGCGACUAUUCUGACUCGCAUAAGAACGACCGAUGGCAAAAUUAUGCGGCAAUCGUCGCCGCUGCGUAUGCAAAGGAGCUUCUUCAAAUUACGGGCUGCUACAAUGCUCCGAGAUUGGACGCUCGUCAUGUUAUGUCAUCUUCGCCUUCUUCACUGGCUGCUUCGUCACUUGCCACUACUAUAAACGUGGACACAAUGAUGUCAAGAACCAUGUUCGCAGACUUGAAGCUAGACAAGUUCUCUCGGAAGAUUAUUGAUUGGCUUAAUCCUCCUGAUCCUUCUACAAAUUCUCACAAUUCCAAAGCUGUUAGGAAUUCAGAAACUGGGAUUUCGUUUUUAAAGAGCAAAGUAUUCCAAGAAUGGAAAUUCGGGGUGUGUCGGCAUCUAUGGCUCCACGCGAAAGCGGGAAGUGGAAAGACAGGUCUCGCAUCAACAAUCAUUGAGCAACUUCUGCUUGAGAGAAGCCCCUUUCACGUGGCUCUUUACUUCUUCUUUAAUUUCCAUAACACUGGUAUGCGGACUCUUGAGGACUUCAUAUGCUCGCUUGUCGCACAAAUAUAUUGUCAGUGUGAGAGUUCUCGAAAGGAGCUUGACGAACUAUGGGAGAAAUGUGGAAACGGCUCAUAUGGACCGGGACUCAAAAAGCUAUUAGGAACGUUUCAACUGAUGGUGCGCCAUCUUGAGAGUGUUAGGGUUGUCAUAGACGGCCUAGAUGAAUGUCAAUCCAGGAGGGAGUUGCUCUUAUGGAUUAGGGAAGUUGCAUUGUCUGAGGCUAUCAAUCUACAGUUUCUCAUAACCAGUCGGAAAAAGGAGGAUAUUUAAGUCUUUUGGAAGUUCAAACAUUAUAUAACUUGAUUUCAACACAGCAAAGUGCC